AUGAGAUCUGCACUUGUCCUCCUGCUCGCCCCGUUGGCGGCUCUGGCCGCCCCAGCCGAGCUCGCCGAGAGGCAGUCACCCACAAGCAUCGACAAGUUGAUCAAGGCAAAGGGGAAGCUGUACUAUGGAACCUGCACCGACCAGAACCGUCUGAGCACUGGGAAGUCGGCCGAUGUCAUCAAGGCGGACUUUGGCCAGGUGACUCCGGAAAACAGCAUGAAGUGGGACGCCACCGAGUCCAGCCAGGGCAACUUCAACUUCGCAACGGCAGAUUAUCUCGUCAACUGGGCCACGACCAACAACGUGGCCAUCCGUGGACACACUCUCUGUUGGCAUUCCCAGCUCCCCGGCUGGGUCAGCAGCAUCAAUGACAAGGCGAAACUGACCCAGGUUCUGCAGAACCACGUCACCACGCUCGUCACUCGUUACAAGGGCAAGAUCUACGCCUGGGACGUGGUAAACGAGAUCUUCAACGAAGAUGGCUCGCUGCGGUCGUCCGUCUUCUCGCAGGUGCUGGGCGAGGACUUCGUCCGCAUCGCCUUUGAAGCAGCCCGCGCGGCCGACCCCGACGCCAAGCUGUACAUCAACGACUACAACCUGGACUCAGCCAGCUACGCCAAGGUCACAACGGGCAUGGUGGCUCACGUUAAGAAGUGGCUCGCGGCCGGUGUGCCCAUUGAUGGCAUCGGGUCACAGAGCCAUCUUUCAGCAGGCCAGGGCGCCAACACCGCAGGGGCGCUUCAGGCCCUCGCGUCCACGGGCGUGAAAGAGGUGGCCGUCACUGAGCUGGACAUCCAGGGUGCGCCCUCGGCUGACUACGUAGCCGUGACCAACGCUUGUGCCAACCUAGCUCAAUGCGUGGGGAUCACUGUAUGGGGGGUUCGGGACCCUGACUCGUGGAGAGCUAGCACCAACCCCCUGCUGUUCGACAGCAACUUCUCGCCUAAAGCCGCCUACACUGCCAUUGCCAACGCCUUGGCGUAA